AUGAGAGAUAUCAAAGAAAUAUCUUUUUUAUUUCUAUUAUUAAAUUUAGUAGACCAUUUGAGUGCGCUAACUCUUUAGAUCAACAAUAUCUUUAGCAAAAAUUACAUCUAUUGCUAAUAGAAAAGUUGCAGCUACAUAUAAAGUAGCUUACAAGAUUAACCAACAACACUCCUCAACUAUAAUAAUGAUAUUUUAAAAUAUAAUGAAUGUUAAGCAAAUCAACCAUCUUGCUACUUAGAAUUUUAUUUACCAUUUAAUUUAGUAAACAAGCAGGAUUGUGACUCAUUCUGUUACAAUAAUUAAUCAUUUUUAACCAAUGAAUUUUAGUAGAAUAAGCAAUGCAAUGAUCUAUGCUUUUUAAGGUCUUAUUAAGACACAAUAUAAACAUAAGAGAUGUAGAUUUUGAAUUAAUUUGGAGACUGCUUAGACAAACAAAAUGCAUUUUAGAAUUUUGACUUAUCUAAUGACCAGGUCAUUUUAGAUAUAAAUUAAUACUAAAGUUGUAUUGGAUAAACUGAAUAAUGCUAGUAGUAUUUAUAAAACUAAAAUUUAAGCUCUUUUGCUAGUUGCUUUAGCUACUGUUCUUCUAGAGAUUUUAUAACUUAAAUAUUUCAAUCUCAUCUUAAUUCUACCUAAAGUUGCUUAAAUUAGAUUCUUGGUAUUACAGAUUCUUCCUCUUCCUAAACAAUUAAUUGGGACUAAUUUGGACUGAUUGUUGGAGUGUUAUGUGGUGCGCUAAUUUUAUUAAUUGCAUUUUAUAAAUUCUACUUGAGAAAGAAACACAUACAAAAAAAGAAAGAAAUUGAAGAAAAAAAUAAUGAGGCGUAAAAAGUUACAAAUAAUAACUUGAAAUAUCAGAACGAAGAUAUGGAAGCAGCUAACAAUGAAAAUUAAAAAUCUCCUGAAAAUUUAAACAGCUAAGAAGGCUAAUUAAAAUUAAAUAUGAUAAAUAUUGACUGGACUCAUUCUUAAAGUCCUAAAAAACUUUUUUCCUUAAACUAGAACAUGCAAAUUGAUUGCUCACCUACUAAAUUUAGCAACUCAAGAGAGGACACCUAAAAUAAUCUUAUGAAAUCUCAAUUUAUGAGAAGUAAGAUCGAUACCAUUUUCGAAGAGAUAGAGAAAGAAAGAGAUGUUAAAAAAUAAAAAAGGUAACAAAAAUAAGAAGAAAGUGAAUAAGAAUUAAGCAAAAUAUAACAGAGACAAGCAAACUAAUUUUCAAUUAAUUAAACUGAUUAUUGUUAAAUGCUAGAUUAAUUAAGAAAGAAUUUUUAAGAAGUAAAUGAAAAUAUCAAAGAGUAGCCUAUCUUAGUAUAAAAUAAUCCAGCUCUUUAAUCAUAAAAUAUUAAUAAAUCCAAUUAGAAAGGCAAAGACAUUGUAUGUUAAAUUCCUAGUCAAGUAUAGUAAAAUGAAGAUGAAAAAGAAUUUGAUAACAAAAACACUAGCUAAGAACUGGAUAAUAAUUUUGCUAAAAAUUUACAGUAAUUUCUAUAAUCAGUUGGGCUCUAAGUAGUUCAAGAACAACUUUCUAAUAAAAGCAGCUAGUAAAUAUCUGGAGGAAAUAAGUCUUCAACUAUGUAAGAAAAAAGAGUUUAAAAUUUAAAUUAAAAAAUAGAAAUAUAAUGA